GGAAAGGGAAUGUACCAAUUCCAAAGUUGACGCGGAAGUGAUAACGGAAGCGCUCAGUUUGAGUUGAUGGCGGUUGAUGGAGUUCAUGGUGACCCAAAAUGGACAGCGAUACACUGGUGUUUUGCCCGUUUUGUGGCAAACAUAUGAGCCAAUUAACUAGAUUUUGUUUUUCGUGUGGUCGGUCUUUGGAGUUUUUAAAUGGCGCAGACCAGAGUGAAGGACCAGAUGUGUUGCAGCAGUGCAUACCAUAUUUUAAUGAGGGACACUCGUACGCUGCAAUCGUGGACAUGAUGUCAUGUUUACACGGUGUGCACAUCAGCUUGAGGUCUCUGAAAAGCAAACUGAAUGAUGCUGGGUUAUAUCGCAGAAAGGAUUUCUCCUCUACAAACGUCAUAAUUAGGGCAAUACGACUGGAACUUCGUGGACCUGGACAGCUGUUUGGCUACCGCAUGAUGUGGCAGGUGCUCAAACAAAAGUACAAUCUGCGAGUGAAGAGGGAUCAUGUAAUGAAUUUGCUCCGGGAGCUCAAUCCUCGAGGGUGCGAGAGGAGAGCACGCAGAAGGUUUAUAAGGAGAACCUACCACUCCAUGGGACCGAACUAUAUUUGGCACGCGGAUGGUUAUGAUAAACUCAAGCCAUUCGGUUUGGCUCUUUCAGGGUGUAUCGAUGGAUUUUCGCGUAAAGUACUGUGGCUUGUAUGUGGAUCAACAAAUAAUGAUCCAACUGUGAUCGCUCACUAUUUCCUGUCAUGUGUGCGAAACCUCGGUGUCAUCCCCAUGAGACUGAGGACUGAUUGCGGCACGGAAAACGGGACCAUGGCCGCAAUUCAGUGCACCCUACGCCACCACCACAAUGACUACUACUCUGGAGCGUCCAGCCACAUGUAUGGCUCAUCCACAAGCAACCAGAGGAUUGAGUCAUGGUGGUCCAUAUUCAGAAAGGGAAGGGCUCAGUUCUGGAUGGAGCUAUUUGCAGACCUUACAGAUGCCGGAUACUUCAACGGGAGUCACGAGCAUCAGUGUCUACUGAGAUAUUGCUUUGGUGAUGUUCUUCAGAAGGACUUGGAUGAGUGUGUGAGACUGUGGAACAGUCACAGGAUUCGCCCCUCCAGAACAGCAUCAUGUCCAGGAGGAUUGCCCAAUGAGCUCUACUACUUACCACACAGGUUUGGCUCCAGAGACUGUGGAUUUCAAAUUGAGCAGACUGAACUGGAUGCCUUUCCUGAGGCUCACCUGACAAGAGCUCCAUGUGGGGACCCAAACAUUCAGGAGUACUUGGACUUAGCCAUGGAGCACAAUCAUUUACAGAAGCCAGAGUACUGGCAGUCUUCAACUGAACUGUAUCUGAGAUUAAAAGAAAUUGCUCAGCUAUGAAUUGAUUGAUUGGGAGAUUUAUUGUAACGGUGGUGGAACAUGUACACAAAGUGU